AGACUUCCCUGGACAGAAAACCCCACCAAUGUGUCCUGAAGCUCCACUUCCCAGCAGUCCUGCCCCACUAGGGAAAAAGAGAGCCAGGAUGGGAGUAUGGAUUGACCUUUCAACACCCAUAUCUAGCGGGGAAGCAAUUACAGAAGUUAAAGCUUCCACCUUCUGCACCCCAUAAAGAUCUUUGUUCCAUACUCCCAGAGGGACAAAGAACAGGAAAGCUUCCAACUGAGGGGAUGGGAUAUGGAGUUCUGGGGGUGGGAAUUGUAUAGAAUUGUUCCCCUCUUAUCCCACAGUCCUGUCAAUCAUUAUUAAAAAAAUAAAAUAAAAAAAAGAAAGUAGCUCCCAAAUAUGUGAAAAGUGUGUAAAUAUUGUUGACUGUAAACCCCAUUGAUUUGAUCUGGGGCCCAUAUUCAGCAUAGGAACCUAUGUAACCUCUGCCAUCCCUGUAGGUUGGAACUUGCAUUCUGUGGUCAUUAGUAGGAAUAUUCCAAGUUGCACCAAUUUCGGGACCCAUCUUCCUCAGGUGGCAGAGUGUGUUAUCCAACCCCCCUUUGGAGGAUGGAACAUUUUCUACCAUUAUUGAUCCACAUUGAGGGCAAGGUCCUAUGGGGGCCCACAAAGGGAUCUAUUGUGUUGUUCCUGAUGGAGAUGACCAGUGACAGCAGAGAGAGGGCUCUAUUCAAGGUCUAGGCUUGUUGUGUUUGUGUGGGAAUCCCAGGACUCCAACUAGGGCCCCAGCAGAUGGGGUUCUCUCUACUUUUCUGUCUGAAAGAUCUGGCCUAAAGUGGUGAAGCCUUGGUGACAACAACAAUAGCAAAACAAGUCCUAGUCUUCAGGCCCACUAACAGAGACUUGCAGACUUGGUUUUCUUAGUACUGACUGGGAAAUACCUUCUUUCACUUUUAAAGUCCUGGUCACUCAUUUCUACUACAUGUUUGAAAAGAUUACAUUUCAAAUAAUUUUCUUCCUCUUACUCUGCAGGAAGCACUCAAAUAUUUAAGGGAAAAAAAAAGUCACACUAAAAGAGGAAACAAUUGGGCAGGGACUCUGAAUUCAGUCAUGUGACUGAUGACUAAGUUAAACCUUUUCUACUUACUGAGAAGGAAGACUCCGAUGAUUAGCUCACACAUUUUUAGUUUUGGAGCUAUCAAACCAUGUUUCCAUUUAUGAUUUUUCCCACUCUGUUUUCUUUUGUAUUUACUAAACCUGGGGAACAACAAUGGAUCUGCAACUCCUCUGAUUUGAGUAUUUUGUACUCCAACUGUGGAAGAGACAUUAAACAAUUAUAUUUCAAUCUUCAUUUAUCUAUUAAAUCCUUGGAUUUUCCAAAGCGAAGAGAAGUAAUUUGCCGAGGAUCUGAUGAUGAUUAUUCUUUUUGCAAAGCUGUGAAGGGAGAGACUGUGAAUACAACAAUAUCGUUUUCCUAUGAUCAAAUACGAUUUCCUAAGGGAACAUACAGAUUUAUUGCAGAAGCUGUCACAGGAAGUACUGAAGAAACACUUUUUUGUUUGAAUUUUACCCUCAUACAUCACCCUGACUCCAAUUAGAAUAAAUUGAAGAUAUUUUUAUUUUUACAAGA